AUUAAGCGGAGCAGACCAAAAUCCCAAACAAGGAAAUGGUGGGGGAAUAAAACGACCAGAUUAUUUAAUUAAUGCAUGUAAUAAUUAAUAUUUUAUUUUAUUGUAAAUUAAGACGUAUUUAUGGGUUGAAAUGGAUUACGACUUCAAAACAAAGCUGGCGGCCGAGAGAGAGAGAGUAGAAGAUCUGUUCGAAUAUGAAGGUUGCAAAGUGGGUCGAGGCACCUACGGGCACGUUUAUAAAGCUAAGCGCAAAGACGGGAAAGAUGAAAAGGAGUAUGCACUGAAACAAAUAGAAGGCACUGGAAUAUCAAUGUCCGCCUGCAGGGAAAUUGCUCUGUUACGAGAACUGAAACACCCAAAUGUGAUCGCCCUCCAGAAAGUGUUCCUUUCUCACAGCGACAGAAAAGUUUGGCUCCUCUUCGACUAUGCCGAACACGAUCUUUGGCACAUCAUCAAGUUCCACCGUGCCUCAAAGGCCAACAAGAAGCCCAUGCAGCUGCCCCGAGGGAUGGUGAAGUCUCUCCUGUAUCAGAUUCUGGAUGGGAUCCAUUACCUCCAUGCCAACUGGGUGCUCCACAGGGAUCUGAAACCAGCGAACAUCCUGGUGAUGGGGGAAGGUCCUGAACGAGGAAGAGUUAAAAUCGCUGACAUGGGUUUCGCCAGACUCUUCAACUCUCCCCUCAAGCCGCUGGCGGACCUCGACCCCGUGGUGGUGACGUUCUGGUACAGGGCCCCUGAGCUGCUGCUGGGGGCCCGACACUACACCAAAGCUAUCGAUAUUUGGGCGAUUGGCUGCAUCUUCGCAGAGCUUCUAACGUCGGAGCCCAUCUUUCACUGUCGCCAGGAAGACAUCAAGACCAGUAACCCCUUCCAUCACGACCAGCUGGACAGGAUAUUCAGCGUCAUGGGUUUCCCAGCAGAUAAAGACUGGGAAGACAUCAGGAAGAUGCCAGAGUACCCCACACUGCAGAAAGACUUCAGGAGGACAACGUAUGCAAACAGCAGCUUAAUCAAAUACAUGGAGAAGCAUAAAGUCAAACCAGACAGCAAAGUUUUCCUGUUGCUGCAGAAGCUCCUCACCAUGGACCCCACCAAAAGAAUCACAUCAGAGCAGGCGCUGCAGGACCCCUACUUCCUGGAGGACCCUUUACCAACCACUGAUGUGUUCGCAGGCUGUCAGAUCCCCUACCCAAAACGUGAGUUUCUAAAUGAAGACGAGCCCGAGGAGAAAACAGAAAAGAAUCAAACCCAGCAGCACCAGCAGACGACGGGCCAGACUCAGGCCCAGAACCAGCAGCAGACGGCGGCCCAGCAGGCUCCUUCUCAGCAGAGCUCGGCUCAAACCAACGGCACUGCCGGGGCCACGGGGGCCACCACUGGUGGAGGGUUGCAGCACGGUCAGGACCAGGGGCCCCCCAACAAGAAACCUCGGAUCGGGCCCUCUGGGACCUCGUCAGGCACCGGGGUGCUACAGUCAGAGUAUCAGCACUCCGGCUCCCGCCUUGGUUACCAAAGCAACGUCCAAGGCUCCACUCAGCCCCAGAGCACCAUGGGAUACUCGUCAUCCUCCCAGCAGAGCUCCCAGUACUCCCACCAGACCCACCGCUACUGAGGCCCCCAGUCGCUCCUGAACCAGCAGAGGAGUCGCCUCCUCCUUGUCUUCAACCAACCUCAGCAGACGUCGCCCUCGACCCCCUCGUCCCGGUCAGACCUCCGUCCCUCCACAACGUCAUUCCAACUCCUCCUUUCUCCACCUUUUACCCGACAGCCUUCCACGGCAGUCUGACAUGAAGGCAAACAAACAUAGGAACCAAAAAAUAAUAAUAAUCCAACAUGUUCUGCCUCAUUGGGCUGGGGAAUCAUUUUUAAAAACAGCUGAGAGAGAAAUUGUAAGAUAGAUGUGAAGGCGUCACACACACAGACUCAGAACCAUGGCACUUACAAACACAACGUUCCUCAAGAGGAAGAAUCGCAGCUGUGUUCAUAUAUGUACAUUAUAUAGCACCUUUUUCUAUUUGAUUUUUUUUCUUGCUUGUUUGCUAGACUUUUCAAGGUUACCUUGAUAGUUGAUGUCACUAUAAAUAUUGUUACAUAUGGAAGCGAUUGGAUGAAACAAAACGCAGGAGAAAAGCCCUUUACUGUCAUCUCUAUUACCUUGGAUAAUCAAACGAAAAGGAGCAAAAGUUUUAGCUGAUGCAGAAAAAAAAGUUUCUACACCGUAAAAUAAAUCAGGGAAACAUUAAAAGCGCAAUUUAACUUAAACUUCUUAUUAUAGGGUUUCUAUAUUUAGAUCUGUUUGUGUAGAUUUGGAUUUGGACUGUAAGAAGAGCAGUUGUCUUUUUACAGCUUCUGUAUAUUCUGAUCACUCCAAAACUUUUAGAGAUGCGAAACAUUUGACAGCCGAGCUUCGUUUCCUCUGACAGCGUUUUUCAGGAGGUCCUCUUGCUUGUUUGUGGCCGGCAGCUCUGGAGUGAUUUUUUUCUUGUCCAGGAGCCACUGGUGGACACUAUCGCUCCGACGCCCGUCUUAUCAUGGACCCUCAAAACUUUUCAAGGUUUCCGAACGUGCGCAUAAACGUACAGGGCAGCUAACAGUACGCCCCCGAACCCCCCGACAUAUGCUUCUUGAGACUGUUACUGCCUGAUGUCAGAUUGUUUUUUAAGGUUUUAUUGUUAUCGUUGUUGCCCUGUGAGUGUGUGCGUGAAUGAGCGUGUGUGUGUGUGUGUACAGUAUGUUUUAUAUGCAUGUUGUUUAAUCCUUUUACUUACUAGACCUGCACUGACUGAUGAACCGAUCUGCAAAGAGCUGGAACAAACGUGGGGUGAGUUUUUGUCGCCUCGACCUCUUCCACUCCGCCCCUCUGGCCAAACACUCAGCAGGCUUUUGGUACAGACUGGAGCACAUUCAUGGACAACGGGUGCGUUCUUUAAUAUGUCCAAGCUGGUGGAGGCAUGAGCAGCUUUUUAAAAUCACUUUCAUGUCCAGUAUAUUAACCUCCAUGUGGUUUUAUUCUUGAAUAAAGGAUUCGACAAAAGCUCAGGUUUGGAAUUAAACAAAGUGAGAGUUAGAUGAGAAGACUGAUGUCACUCUGUUAUUAUAAGUAGCCAGUUAAUUUAGGUUAGCAUAAUGCCUGGAUUUAGGGAAAAUAUUACUAUUUACUAUUAAUUUCUAUUACUAUUGCUUGGACUCAAAUAUGCCCUUCAGUGUUUGAGUAGAUUAAAGUUUUAUUAGAAAACUUAAGAUGUGCUUUUUGGCUUUGGACUUUCCAGUCUUUAUGCUAAGCUAAGCUAAUUAUCUCCUUUUUCUUCAUAUUUACCUGCAGACAUAUGAGUGAUGUCAAUCUUUUCAUCUAAUUAUUGGCUAAAAAGCAAGGAGAACAUUUCCCAAAAGGCCAUUUUUUUCUCCCGUUAACCCUCUGAACCCCAAGUAGUUUCUAUGCUCCUGUCACAUUUUUACUCUCUGUGGGCUCUUUUUUCCCUGCAAUAUAAAAUCCUGCAGCUCUAUGGAAACAGCACAAUCAUGGCUAGGAGUAUGGAGUCAAACAUGUAUUUUGUGUGGUAACAGAGUUGUAAUGCCAUAAAUCAUUUAAAAAAAACAAAGGAAGUUACAUUUCUAAAUUUAUUUUACAAAAAAAAUAAAUGAAGAAUAGGAAUCAACAUGUACGACAUUUUUCUGUCUUCCUCUUCGAUGUUACCAAUGCUGGGAAAAAAUAGCAACUCCGCAUACUGUAUGUACUUAACUACUUUUAUUUUUCAUUUGUUUUGAUACUUGUCUCCUGUCUGCCUCUGUAAACAUGGCCUGCAGUUCAUCCCAGUUCAGCUCAGAAGUUUCCAAAUUUUUGUCAUGUAACUGUUGGUCACAGCUGAGUCACUAGUAGCGUCACAGUUUUGGUAAGGUGCGUUGAAUUUUUAAUUUUUUACAGUAUCCGGUUCGAACAAACGGUUUAAUUCUAGCAAAUAUAAAAUGAGACUCAAGAAAAUGAUUGUUUUUAACUUAUCACAAUUUUAAGCUUCAAUUUUUUUUUUCUCUGUUGGAUAGGUGGAUAUCCAAGUAUUUUCGUUGCUCUAAUAAAUGUUGUAAUUUACAUAAUUUUGUAGAAGAAAACAUGCCUUUCAAACCUGCCGGCAGGUUUUGGGAUUCGGAGGGUUAAACACAGUUCUGAGUUACUCCACUACGCUCAUUUAAUAUAUCACAUAAAGCAUUUACAACUACAAGUAGGAAUAUUUCUGCCUUUUAUUUAAAAAAAGAAAAAACAGAAUGCAAAUCAAUUUGUUUUCAGUGUUUUUUAAAAUCAAGUUGGAUUUUUUUUAUAUGGGUACUUUCCAGUUUUACAAGUUCUUAAGACUGAUAUCUUUCAGAAAAUUGUUUAGGAUCCACUCUUAUACAGAAUUAGCUUUGGGGCUUUUACACUUUUAGAGAUUGAAAUGCUCACGAUUAUAUCUUGUUGUUUAAUUCAGCUAAAUCUUAUUAGCAAAAAUAAAGGCAAAAAUACCAGAAAGUAAAUCUUAAAAAAAAUGUAAUUCAGUGUAUACAUUAAUAAUCCAACCAUCUGUAUAUAUGUGAAGUGGGCCAUUCUAUCAUACCUUUGAUACUAACAGUAAACAUUGCAAAAUUCCCUCUGCUUUCUUAAUUAAAUAAGAUUAUCAAUGCAGGAGUUUAUUUUUGAGAUACUGUCAAAGUAUUAAUUUUCCAGUAAAUUUACUGAAGAUGGUACACAGAAUGAAAAAAAAAUAAAGAGAAAAUCCUGUUUUCUUUCCCUGGCUGCUCAUGACCAGCCGUUCUGCAGGUCGCAUUAAAGAACGCACUCAUUGGUUUGACUGUAACUGCGUUUUCCUCAGACAGAUGUGGACACAGCAGGACUGGAUUUGCCAGAUGUGUUGCCUGCAGUGAGGUUAGGAAACACUGACACCUUGUGGCUGAAAAGAGAACUGGACCUCUGUCCUUUGUGAAACUGUAAUUACACAAGUAGAAUUGUUGCUGCACGAGUUCAAGCAUUUUUUUUAUUAUUAUUAUUUUAAACCACAACAUGCAAAACCUGAGUGCUUUAUUAUAAACAUGAUUAUGUAUUUGUGUCGAGAAUUCCAGUCAAGAUUCGCUUAUGCUGAAAGUUUCUCCGUCAGUCGAUACUGAAUAUUAUUUGCAUCUCGUCACUGUAACGUUCUCCUCGCGUUUCAUGCAUUGAUAAUAAGAGCAGCUGGAUGGAUUUAUUACAGUUGAUGUUUGCAAUUUGGGGUCUUUUCCAUUCAAAUUGUGUUAGUUCUGCUUUCAUUUUCCUUUAUUUUAAACCAAAACAAACGUGCAGUUGGAAUAAUUUUGUAGCAGGAUUCAUGUCAAAUCCUGAUGUUCAUCUUAAGAGUUUCAUUCCAAGAUGCCAAUUGGAAAAAAAUGACAUCAAAUCAUUUUAAAAAAUGUUUGAUUGCAGAAAACUUUAAAAUAACAUGAUUCCUUUUUAAGCUAGAGCAGAUGAAUGUCGUUUUCAGUUGACUAAAGAUCUCACAUAUUGGAUCUUGCAGGUUCGAAACAAAUCUAAAGCUGCAGUAAUUGAUUUUUUGGGUCACUUGGGGCAGCAGAACAGAUAAAAUAGAACAUCGUAGUAACGUAGAACAUCAGCAAAAGAGAUUCUAGAGUGGAGGCACCCAACAAAGCUCCAGUACUGUAACUUGUUUUCUUCCAUAUUCCUGUUGAAUUGACAAUAUAUAAGUAUUAUUCAAAACAUUACCACCUUUAAUCCUGACAAAUGGAACAUCUGAACCACAUGGCAUAGUGGUGAGAAAGGUGGUGUUCCCAGUCUGCUGUUUGCACUAUUACAAAUGUCAUCUAAGUUUUUUUUUUUUAGCUCUGGAAAACACCUCAGAAAAUUCCAUUUAUAAAUUUGAUAUUGUUUAUGCAUUAAGAAACGUUUCCUUUAUUUCACAGCGAGUAGCCACAGAUUGAGACUAAACUGGAGUUGUGUUUCUGUCCACCUGAAUACAAUUCACUCUUCUUUUAGGUAACAUUUGCUUUCUAACGUCAAACAUGGCUUGAAAACUAAACAGUAAGCUAAAAGGAGCUACAGAGUUCCAUAAAUCUGAGGAGAGCAGCAUUUCUGGUUAAUCAUUCUUUCUGGUUUUAUCAUUAUGGGUGAUAACUUUAACCCUCUGCACCCCAAGCGUCCAUUUUUUUUUUUUUUUUUUGCUCCUGCCACAUUUUUACUUACCACUUAAACAUUUUUCUCUGCAAUAUAAAGUCCUGCACCUGUAUGGAAGCAGCACAACCAUUGCUAGAAGUAGAGAUAACUAAAAAAGAAAAAAAAAACAUACUAAAGAAAUGUUACUAUUUACAUUCUACACAUCAACUCUAGAGAGAUAUUUCACCAUGCUGAAUGUAUCCUCCAACAACUUGCUCUUCUGUAUACCAUUUCUGCACCAUGUUAUAUUUAUUUUACUGCUCAUGUAUGUUUUAUUUGCUCUCUAAUUUGUUUACAGACUUGUCUCCUCACUGCUGUGCGUGAACACGGCCUGCAGUUCAACUGAACAGUUAAUGACUUUUGGUCACUAGAAGAUUUGGUCGCAGUAGGAAUGGUGCAGAUCUUUUUGGUUUUAGCAUUUUGUUUUUGGUGUUUUUUUUUUUUUUUUGAAUGAGACAUUUAGGAUCAAGUGAUUUUGAUAAAAUA